UGCGCCGUAUUAUAGCAGUGAAAAUGAAGUGGAACGUUGCCAGUGGUUGGGGCAGUACCUAUACAGAUAGUCCAACAUCCACAAAUCUUCGAUAUACCUACCUAAGAACUAUCAGAACUAGAUUUUGCACUGCCUUUUUUCCUCAACUGCCUCCUAAUGCAAUCCUAUGCGCUAGCACUCUAAGAGGCAGCUCCACCUGUCAUGGUGAUUCUGGCGGUCCUCUGGUCACUUCCGAUGGUUCCCGACUUAUUGGUAUUAGCUCCUUUGUCACUGGCAACUGCGAGAGUCGCUUUCCUGCUGGAUUCACUCGAAUAACCCAUGUGCGAGAUUGGAUUAACCGAAUGACAGGCAUAUAAACAACUUAAUUUGCUUACAUUAUCCGUUAAGAUUUAUAGCAAAUAUAAUAAAAGAAAUGACUAAUUCAAAUGAA